CAAAAUGUCAGACGACGUGGCCGAUGAAACAUGGUGGCCGUGUCAUACUAUGAUGAAGCUUGAAACCGUCAUGAGACUACGAUAUGUCAUGUGAAAAGACUCAUUAAUGGGAGUGUUCCUUAUUAACUAGUUCAUCGUUUCGUUCUUAUACGUAAUUUAAUGCUGUGAACGUAUUGUCUUCAUAAAAUAUGGGGCUGUGCAAGUGUCCGAAACGAAGAGUAACAAAUUUAUUUUGUUUUGAACACCGUGUCAAUGUUUGUGAACAUUGUAUGGUUACAAAUCAUCCAAAGUGUAUCGUACAGUCGUAUAUUCUGUGGCUCCACGAUCAUGACUACAAUCCAGUCUGUACUCUAUGUUCAUUAAACUUAAACGAAGGUGACUGUGUUCGGCUAACUUGCUAUCACAUGUUUCAUUGGGCAUGUUUGGAUAAAUAUGCCAGGCAUUUGCCAGCAACAACGGCACCAGCAGGAUACACAUGUCCAGCGUGCAAGGAAUGUAUCUUUCCUGACUCGAAAUUGGUCUCUCCUGUGGCUGAUGUAUUGAGAGAAAAGUUGGCAGGAGUUAACUGGGCACGAGCUGGUCUUGGUUUGCCUCUGCUCAGCGAAGACAGAGAGCAGAAACCAGAACAGGAACGUCCAUCGCUAAGAGUUGAAUCCAUAUCCUAUCAGAAUCACACUUUAACAACUUCAUCCUCUCCCACAGUAGCUACAUCACGCGCCUCUAGUAGCAUGAACUCAGUACACACCAAUAUCAACAACGUGCAUUUAAACAAUCAGAAACUUGGUCCACCUUAUUCUAUUGUAAAUAUCGAUUCAUCUUUGGGAUUAUCCACACCAACAUCACGGAAGGUUUGCGAGGCGUACGAUGAUCCUAAGGAGAUAUCCUUCGAUCACGAUGAGAACAAAUACAAGAGGAAGUCAGCCAUGGAGUGGUUCUUAAGGUGGUGGAAGCUGAUAGUCAGUCCACCGCCAAGGCGUAGGAACACAUCUGGGUCGAUAUACGAAAGAUACGCAGUGAUAGGUAUUAUGGGAAUACUAGCAUUUAUUGGAAUUCUAAUUUUGUUCUCCUGGUUGGGAAGAAUGGCUACGGAUGGAGAUCCAAGCUACGACCUACACGCAAAUCCUCACGUGAUAGUCGAAGAUCAACCCGUCGGCAUUUAAUACAGCCCACCCUCUGAACGAAGAUUUGAAAGGAUCAACCGAGACUAAAAACGAACGGAACGUGCUACUUCUGGUGAUAACACGAUGCUUGUAAUAUAGCAAUUUAAUUAACUAUCAGUCAAAUGAAUCUUGUGUACCGAUUGAACUAUGAUUUUAUUCAGCAAGAAGAAUUAGCUUAAGGUGUACCGUAUUGUUAGUCUUAACUUUUGUUAAUUUUUAUGUAAAGUAUGCCGUAUUACUCAGUUGUAUAUUUUACUCUGUAAAGAUUUACAAACUUUUCCAAAAAUAUUGCGUAAAUCCUUAUACGAACCGUUAGUCUUUUUUCAUUCUAUUGUCAACGAGAAUCCGAGGAUUGCAAUCGAUGGCUUAUAACUGUGAUUUCGAUUAGAGUUACUUUUAUCUUUGACAUUAUUUUCUUUCUAAAUAGAAGCUUGUUAAUUCUAUAAUGUUUCUAAUGGAACCGUCAGGUAUCCUAGCAAUUUUCGUACUCAAAAAUCACUUCACGUUAAGAAUCACCGUCACUAAAUUACUCCUAGCUUUAGUAUUCUCUUCGACGAAAAGAACUCGGCGAAACUCUCAAAAAUUCACGGGCCAUGAUUUAUUCACACGCAGCAUGGGAAUGAUUGCAAUUCAAAUGAAUGUGAAGCGGUCCAAGGAACGUUUCCCCAUGAAAUAUUAAAACAUCUCAGCCAGUGCGAGUGGUGCCUUCGAGUGUCUU